CCUUUGUUUCCAUUUUUGAACCUCCCAUUAUUUCCAUUUCGCGACGUUUGUUUGUCCAUUGUCUGUCAACCAUUGUAUCGCUAAAUUUCAAGGCACCAUUGUUCUGGGAUUUGAACCCCGCGCACACAUAGGCACAAAUGCAAGAAGUAUAAAGGGAUGCAAGUUUCCCUCCAUUUUCCCAGCUCCUUUAGAGUUUCUUUCUGCACACACGUAUCCUUAUUGCCUCUGCAAAUUCGACUUCUCUGUCCUCCCGUUCAAUACCGUCUUGAAUUAGCCAUGAAGUUCUUUGUUGCUGUCUCCCUCCUUUCUGCCAUAACCAGCACCUGUGCCUCUUUACUUUCUCGUCAGACUUUCCCCACUUGCUCGCAGUCCUGUCUUGCCAACGCCGACCUAGGAAGCUGCAACGCCGACGAUGACACUUGUCUAUGCAACACACCUGCCUUCGUCUCCAGCACUGCAACUUGCAUCGCCAGUUCUUGUACCGGAGAUGACUUGACCGAGGCAAAUGCUGCAGCCCAGGACCUCUGUCUCGCAGUGGGUGUCACCCUGACUGCGUCUUCAAUCCCUAUCUCAACUUCGACUGCUCCUGCUUCUUCUGGCUCUGCCAGCGCCACCACGACUUCUGCUGUUUCUUCGCAGACUUCAUCGAAUUCCAAUGGUGCACUUUCCAAUGGAGUGAAUACUUUCGCUAGCCUCACUGCCAUUGGUCUUGUUGCCGUCGUUGCCUUGUGAAAUUCACUUAGCCAAAUAUGCAUUACGCCUGCUUCAUCGUAAUACCCUCGACCUUCAUUUUUUGGAUUUAAUGGUUACUUCGACUUCGAUCUUCCUUCCACGAUGUUUACCGCAGCACGAUCUUUUUUUGGGUUUUAUGAUAAUGAUGAUAAUGCAUCGAUGAUGUAUUACUGGCCAAGUACUGGUUUAGUUUAAUCUUUGUGUCUUCGCUGUCCCAUAUAUAUUGUAUCGAUAUCGCAUCCUUGCUCCCAAUAUACCUUG